AUGGAAAAUAUCAAAAUCCCAUCUCCUUCCGCUAUUCUAGAUUCCGAACCGGCGGCGUCGGUGCGGGGAAAGCCUGCAUCCACGCAGGCUCCGACGCAGGCUCCGACGCAGAAGCCCAAACAGACCAAGUCUCGUAAUGGUUGUAUCACCUGCAAAGCGAAGCGGUUAAAGUGCGACGAGACUAAGCCUUCCUGCCACCAAUGUGAACGUCGCAAGGUAGUCUGUGGUGGAUACAAGAAGGACUUCAAAUGGCGGCCGUUCGAGGAGACCAACCUGGCUGUAGGGCGACCGACUCCCAAUGCCGCUAAACCCAAGAAAGCCAAUCACUCGGCACAGCCUCCCAUCACCAACUCGAAUGCGAAUAGUUUCCCUACUCCUCCUACCACUGAGCAAUCUGCUUCUCCCGUCCGUGCCUCUCACCUUCCCCCGACAUCGCCGCACGAGUCCUUUCAGAGCUCCCCGGCAAGUAUCAAGAGUUAUGUGUCCGGAGAUGCCCCCUCCAUUGAUGAGAUCCGGAGGAUACCCCCAGAUCCUUCUCCGAGUGAUGAUGCAAUACCUGGUCUCGCCGUCUCGCAUUCUCUCGAAGCCGAUUCUUUGAACUUUCUCUCUUUUCUUGAGCCCUUCCAGGGCCCAGUCCCCUUUGGUGAUGAUUUGAUACCAGAUGCAGACCGGGAGCCGAGCUCGGUUCCGACCUUCGAUCCCCAGACAUAUCAACCUUCCGAAUCCGGCAUGAGCUUUUCGCAGUUGGUAGAUGACAACGAAGAUAUCGAGGACAUUAUCCGACAGUCUGAUCCAAUCUCAGGAUGGAGUCUGUCAUUCCCCAGAGAGGAAACCAAUAUUUUCGACAUGGCACGGCUUCCAGGCCAGCCUUCGCUGGCCCCAGAAAGCCAGGAGAUGCUGGCAAUGCGCUUCGACCGGCUGACUUGCGGGAUCUUGUCUGUCAAGGACGGAAUCUCCGAGAAUCCCUGGCGCACCUUAGUUUGGCCUCUCGCUAAAGGGACCCCUGCUCUGUACCAUGCUUUGUUCGCGUUGUCUGCUUUUCACUCUUCCAAAGAAAACCCGUCUCUUCGGGUUCAAGGUGUCAAGCACAUGCGGCAGAGCAUCAGUUGUUUGAGACAAGAUAUACAGGGCAUGCGAGCUGAUACUGCUCUUGCGACAAGCUUGGCCUUGGCAUUUGCAGAUACCUGGGACCAGAAUACCCGGACCUGUAUCCAACACCUCAAAGGGGCUAAAGCUUUGAUGUUGCAGUGUCUUCACUCGGGUUUGUCAGGGGCACUUAAUGGAGAGGAGCUGGGCCGGAUCCGGUUCCUGUAUAAUACGUGGACGUAUAUGGAUGUGAUUGCGCGGUUGACAUCAUUGGAUGAAGCUGGGUCGCAGGAUCUCAGCCCUUCUAUCUUCCACCUCCCUGGUGAUGCGGUCCAUGAAAUUGAUCCAUUGAUGGGGUGUGCCACUACCCUAUUCCCUCUGAUUGGCCGUGUCGCCAGGUUGGUUCAGCGUGUCCGGAAAACCACUACAAAUUCAGUGUCGAUCGUGGCGCAGGCAAUGGAGCUCAAAACACUUAUCCAGCAAUGGGAGCCUCCGCAAUGGUUCGAACCCCCAGAAGACCCGACCUCUGAAGUUCAGCAUAGCAUUCAGGUUGCCCAUGCCUACCGGUGGGCGACAUUGUUGUACCUCCAUCAAGCCGUCCCGGAGAUGCCAUCAGAGUCUGCCGAGGAACUGGGCAAGCGGGUAUUGAUCUUGUUAGCAACCGUCCCUUACACAUCUCGGACAACGAUCAUCCAGAUGUUUCCUCUCUUGGCUGCCGGUGCUGAGAUGGAUGCCGAGGAUGAUCGGAAGUGGGUGAUGGAUCGGUGGAUGACCAUCCAGUCUCGCCUGAUGCUGGGUGGUAUUGACCGCUGCGUUGAUGUUAUUCGGGAGGUAUGGUCGCGACGCGAUGCUGCCAAAGCGAAGAAGCAGCAAGAGAUGGCAGCUUCUCGGCGGUCGGGCUCUUUCUCGAAUGAGAACCCGAGUCAGAUGAGCCCGUCUAUGCGAUCUCCUGAUGGUAAUGGGAGUUCGAAGAGAUCUUUCCACCACCGGACAAGCUCAGUGGACCAAGAUCGGUUCGUCUCAGGUGCUCUGAGCUCAUCUGUCCCUAAGCUUGGACAGCCACGAAGAGGCUCUGUUCUUUCAAGCUUAGAGAACAUUGAAUUUGAGCGGACUGUUCGGAGCAGACUGCAUUGGGUCAAUAUAAUGUCGGAAUGGGGAUGGGAAGGUAAGAGACCCGAGAUCUUUUAUGCCAAGUCCUCUGCUUUAACACGAAUUCUAUAG